AUGCAGUUCGUCCGUGCUUUGACGCCUUUGCUUGCGCUUCUCCUCUGCCCUUUUGUCCUCGCGGAUGCAGACUGCGAUGACGCGCAGCCGCCCAGCCAGGACCCUUGGUACACGCUGCCCAAAGGCGUCGACUGCUCUGGCGCACCGGGCAAGGUGCUUCGUCUCCGACGCGCACCCAAGACCGCGCGCGAGAGCCUGCGCGGCAUCCAGGACGCCUGGAACAUCUUAUUCUGCAGCACCGACAGCGCGGGCGAGCCGACCUUUUCUGUCACGACCGUUCUAGUCCCGCACGACGCCGACUCCAAGGCGCUCGUGACGUACCCGCCAGCCUACGACUCUGCCAGCGUUGACAGCAGCCCCAGCUAUGCCCUCAGCAACCUCGUGGGCUCGAGUGUCGAGCAGGCCAUCUUCACGCCGCUGCUCGUCAGCAAGCGCUGGGUCGUCAACAUGCCCGACUACGAGGGCCCGCGCGCCGCCUACCUCGCAGGCAACAACUCGGGCCACGGCCUGCUCGACUCCAUCCGCGCUGUGCGGUCCCUCCACGACCUCUUUGGCCUCUGCCCCGACUUCCAGCACGCCGUGUACGGCUACUCGGGCGGCGCCUUUGCGAGCCAGUGGGCCGCGCAGCUGCAGCCGUCGUACGCUCCGGAGCUCGCCAUCGGCGUCAUGGCCUACGGCGGCCUCGCCGUCAACGCCACCAGCGUCAUUCCCGCCAUCAACAACGGACCAGCGGCAGGUCUCAUAGUCCUUGCUUUGCUCGGCACGACAGCGCAGAGCCAGGAGGCCAGAAUGAUUCUUGCCAAAAACCUGCGCAAGACGGGCCUGUACAACUCGACCACAUUUUUCAGCGCGUUGAAAAUGGACUCCCAGACGGCCACGGCACUGUUCCAAAACCAGGACAUCUCAAAAUACUUUGUCGAGGGGUUCAGCUUCUUGAACGAGCCUGCCUUUGUCCGCGCAUUCUACGACGACACCCUGGCCGGGCGCGGCGAUACACCGACAAUCCCAAUGUACGUGUUUCACGGCGUCAAGGACCUUAUCUCUCCCAUCAAGGAUAUGGACGAGCUGGUAAAAAAAUACUGCGCUGCCGGCACCAGCAUCGAGUACCGCAGAAAUGUCGUCGGAGACCACGGCGGCACUGGCAUCGCGGAAGGCAUCCGCGCACUCAACUGGCUCGGUGGUUUCUUUGCGGGCGCCCACCAGCCUGAAAAACGCUGCCAUGUGAAUGAUGUCACGUCGGCGCUCGGGUCCGACUCGGUCGCGCUGGCCUUUAUCGUCUUCAGCAAGCAGGGUUAUCGCAUCGCCCAAUUUCUUAAAAUACAUGCGCUGCCCGGUGUUCCUUCGAUUCCGCCUAAUGCCACGAAUGCCGAAGUCUUUGGUGCGCUGCGCCUGACCACGCGGGCAUCGCUGGCCAAAAUUGGACUCAACGACCAGGCGCUGGCUCAAUUUCACGUGUCGGAGCAGGACUUGGCAGAACUGGGUAUCCAUUAA